AGAAAUCAACAUACGAGAUUACCGAGCCUGGUAUGGUCUGGGACAGACGUAUGAGAUCCUUUAAAUGCCAUUCUAUUGUUUAUAUUACUACAGACAGGCCCAGAAAUUAAGGCCAAACGAUUCAAGAAUGGCCAUGGCACUUGGUGAAUCUUAUGAGAAACUAGAACGACUGCAGGAGGCCAAGAAAUGCUUCUGGAAGGCUCAUGUAGUGGGAGAUAUGGAAGGAAUGGCCCUGAUUAAACUCGCAAAGUUACAUGAGCGCCUCAAUGAGGAGGACCAAGCAGCAUCAGCAUACAUUGAGUACAUCAAUGAGGCCAACAGAAUGGGGACGUUCAGUGCAGAGGAUCAGAGUCAAGCCUACAAGUAUCUGGCUAACUAUCACCUGUUGAGGAACAACCUAGAUGAUGCUUACGCUGCCGCCCAGAAGUGUACAGAGUUCCCCGAGAGGAGAGAGGAGGCCAAGGGAAUUCUGAAAGACAUCCAAAACAGGCGGGCCAGGAGUGAGGGGGCGUACCCCCACCCCGUCAGGAUGGAUGACAGCCUGGGCUCCAUCUGUCCCGACCCCCUCAACAUCAGCACCAGGACCCCCUCCGUGUGUCUCUCCCCCGUCAAUCUCAAGUUUGAUAUCGGCGACGACUGACCAGGAACUAUUUUACAGUGUGUUCAUAGACUGACUGACAACAAGCUUUUUGCCAAUGUGAUGAAUUGGUCAUCUGUUGUGUUUGUGUAGUCCUGAUAAGAUUCAGUUGGGUUACCUAGCUCACAUGAUGGUUCAUUGUAAUCAACCAGACAAGAACUGUGCAAUCUUCUCUCAGCAUGUACUGACCCUGUAGUUUAUUAUGACACCAGGGGUCUGUUCAGCAGAGUUAACACUGUAACCAUUGUGUUAUAGAAAGAGGGAAAUACGGGGAGUUCCUGCUGUGCUAACCUGGCCUCAGUUGUGAUUUGAUUUAUAAGUUGUUUCAAUAAAAUGGUUGAAUGUUUCGAUAAAACAGCCCAUUCUUGUCACAGAUGGUUAUUGACUUCAUGGAAUCUUGCAGUAUCAACUAAUUAGUGCUAUGUGGUCAUUAUUGUUGUAUAAAUUUUUCUCUUGA